AUGAAUAAGUAUGAGAAGCUCGAUCUGGUUGGCGAGGGGGCCUACGGCGUUGUCCUCAAAUGCAGAAGGAAGGACUCAGGCGAUCUCGUCGCUAUCAAAACAUUCAAGGGCAAUGAAGAAAGCACGAAUGUGAAGAAGACUAUUUCACGCGAGAUCAACGCCUUGAGACACUUGAGGCACGAGAAUAUUGUUUCACUGAAAGAAGCCUUCCGAUGGAAAGGCAAGCUGCACUUGGUGUUCGAAUAUAUACAUAAAAACCUUUUGGAACUUCUCGAGGCGUCUCCCGCUGGGCUGGAUCAGGAGACCGUCCGACUGUGUAUCUGGCAGCUGGUAAAGGCGCUCAACUACUGCCAUCGAAAUGGCAUUGUGCACAGAGAUGUCAAACCCGAAAACCUGCUUGUGAAUCCGAAAACGCGCAAGCUGAAGCUUUGCGACUUUGGAUUUGCACGUCAACUACACGAAGCAACGGUUCCUCUCACCGACUACGUGGCUACCAGGUGGUACCGCUCUCCGGAGCUGCUGCUCGGCGACCCCGAAUACGGCCUGCCUGUAGACAUGUGGGCAGUUGGUUGUAUUAUGGGUGAACUCAUUGACGGGCGACCGCUGUUUCCUGGCGACAACGAAGUCGAUCAACUGUACAAGAUUCAGCUGAUUCUAGGUCCUCUUCUGCCUCAGCACAUGGAGAUGUUCAGGCAAAAUUCGCGGUACCGCAACAAAUUUGACAAAACUGCAAUCGACUUCCUGUCCAAGCUUCUCUGCAUGGACCCAAAUGCGAGGCUCACCGCCAAAAUGGCCUUGCAGCAUCCUUAUUUCAAGGAACUAGAGUCAGCUGAACCCAUUCAAACCACGAUGGAGAGAUCCGAUGGAUUGUCGGGCAAUAGUCUCGUGCAAUUGGUAAGCAGGAGCAAGGAGCUGUGGCCUGUACAGAGCAUCAAACACUACGCGCUCCUCGCGUCAGAAAUUGUCCCUCUGAAUAAGUGUGCGCAGGAGACGAAAGGUGCUCUCCUUAAGGAUUUUAUCAGCACUCCAUCGCCUGGCCAGGAUGGCAGGAGCCGCUGUGCUUUUGGCGGUCACCAGUUGUUGAGUGGCCAGAACGCCAAUUUUUAG